AUGGCUCAAGUGGACGAUAUGAAACACCCUGCUGUACCCCCACUGCUGAGAGAAUGGAACAAACUGGAGUUGAGGAACCAGGUUCUAUACUGGAUCACGUCUCCUCCAGCCAGGCCUCGGUGUUCCCAGUUGGUUUUGCCUGAGAAGCAUCAGAGGAUUGUGUUGAAAUCACUUCAUGAUGGUUUAGGUUGUUUGGGGUUCUACUGGCCCCGAAUGACGCCUGAGGUCGAAGAGAACUCUAACUUGGUGGCAAUUGUAACUCUAUCACGAGGGCGGUGUGGACUCUCCAAAGGUGUCACUUGGUAUCUUCUGGCAAUGGCCGUGGCAGAUCUAUUGGUUGUCAUAUUUAACGUCAUUCCCAAAGUGAUAUAUUACUAUUAUAAACCUCCCCUUUGCAACAUCAUACAUACCAUGAGUUACGUAUCUCUGGCUAGUUCCGUCUGGCUCACGGUUGCCUUCACCUUGGACCGAAUGGUGGCCAUUUGCUUCCAGAGGCUGAAGCCCAGAUACUGCACUGAGAAAGGUGCAGCUAUCAUUAUUGCAGUGGUGAAUGUGCUGAGUUUGUUCACCAACAUCCCGUGGUAUUUCACGUACAGGUCUUAUAUCUGCUGGGUAUCGCUUGAUUUCAUAAAUUCCCUCAUGUGGCAAGCCUUUGACUGGGGGCACCGUAUUUUAACCCCAGUUGUCCCCUUCGUGCUGAUCCUGCUGCUCAAUGUGGUCACUAUUAAGCACAUUAUGAUGGCCAGUGCAGCCCGCAGGAGACUGAGGGGUCAGCGGAAUGGGGAGGAGAAGGACGACCAAGAGAUGAAGAAUCGAAGAAGAUCCAUCAUUUUACUCUUCACUUUAUCGGCCAGCUUUAUCCUGUUAUGGAUGACACAUGUGGUCAUUCUUGCAGUUGAGUCGAUUACUAUGCAGUAUUUCGUAAUGACAUCUUCAUAUGUCGUGGCUCAAAUGAUGGGAGUAAUGCUUCAGUCAUUCAGCUCCUGUACCAACAUGUUUAUCUAUGCCAUCACCCAGAAGAAGUUCCGAGAGGAGAUGAAAAAUGUUGUGAAAUAUCCCUUUAGGGCCAUCCUGAGUUUCUGUAGAAAUUAG